CGCCGCCCGCGCCCGCGCCGCCCGCUCCCGACAACAACAACUCCGAGAGCCCGCACUGGCAGGCCUUCCACCCCACACUGCGCGAGCGGAACGCGCUCAUGUUCAACAACGAGCUCAUGGCCGACGUCCACUUCGUCGUGGGGCCCCCGGGGGCGGCCCGGCGGGUGCCAGCCCACAAGUACGUGCUGGCCGUCGGCAGCUCGGUCUUCUACGCGAUGUUCUACGGGGACCUUGCGGAAGUCAAGUCAGAAAUCCACAUUCCAGACGUGGAGCCUGCCGCAUUCCUGGUCUUGCUAAAGUACAUGUACAGUGAUGAGAUCGAUCUUGAGGCUGACACGGUGCUGGCCACCCUGUAUGCUGCCAAGAAGUACAUUGUACCAGCCUUGGCAAAAGCCUGCGUCAACUUUCUGGAGACAAGUCUGGAAGCCAAAAACGCCUGUGUGCUGUUGUCCCAGAGCCGGCUGUUUGAGGAGCCUGAGCUGACGCAGCGCUGUUGGGAGGUCAUUGAUGCACAGGCCGAGAUGGCCCUGCGCUCUGAAGGCUUCUGUGAGAUCGACCGACAGACACUGGAGAUCAUUGUGACUCGGGAGGCCCUCAACACCAAGGAGGCGGUGGUCUUUGAAGCUGUCCUGAACUGGGCUGAGGCGGAGUGCAAAAGGCAGGGCCUACCAAUCACUCCACACAACAAGAGGCACGUUUUAGGACGAGCCCUCUAUCUAGUCCGAAUUCCAACCAUGACUCUGGAGGAGUUUGCCAAUGGUGCUGCCCAGUCAGACAUCCUAACACUGGAGGAGACCCACAACAUUUUCCUGUGGUACACUGCUGCCAACAAACCCCUCCUUGACUUUCCCCUGACCAAGAGGAAAGGCCUUGCCCCUCAGAGGUGCCACCGGUUCCAGUCUUCUGCCUAUCGCAGCAACCAGUGGCGGUACCGUGGGCGCUGUGACAGCAUCCAGUUUGCUGUAGACAGAAGGGUGUUUAUCGCUGGGCUGGGUCUGUAUGGGUCCAGCUCUGGGAAGGCAGAGUAUAGUGUGAAGAUUGAACUCAAGCGGCUGGGGAUGGUCCUGGCUCAGAAUCUGACCAAGUUUGUGUCAGAUGGUUCCAGUAAUACCUUCCCAGUCUGGUUUGAGCAUCCAGUCCAGGUUGAGCAGGAUACCUUCUACACAGCCAGUGCUGUGCUGGAUGGCAGUGAGCUCAGCUACUUUGGGCAGGAGGGAAUGACAGAAGUGCAGUGUGGGAAAGUGGCCUUCCAGUUCCAGUGCUCCUCGGACAGCACCAACGGGACGGGGGUCCAGGGUGGGCAGAUCCCAGAGCUCAUCUUCUAUGCCUGAGGCUGAGGGGCCCUGGAGGGAACAACACCUGGCCCUUUCUCUGCCAGAAGUCACUCAGGAAGUGCAGGGGAGGUGCAGGACACUGCUGACUGCCUUACAGGCACCGUUAAAGGUUUCCCUACUUAUAUCAGCUUGAAUCUGUGAACAGGCACCUUUUCCACACAAAGCCUGGAGGCUGAGGCUUGGUGUUUCCUGUUUAUCGGGCACAUGCCCCGUGAGGUUAACAGUUGGGACCCAACCCAGUCUCCAGAUUCCUGCCCAGCGGCAACCACGCUUUGGGCACUUGGAUGUUCCUCUCAGCCUUUUGGAUUCCAACUAGUUCCAAGCUUGCCUGGAGACCCUCCCUUCAAAUAAAGGUCACCGAAAAGUCACUUAAAAUAGUUUACCUAUUUAAGUGGAUUUUCAUAAUAAAGGUUUUGCAAAACAAGA